GAAAAUGCCAGAGAGAGAAGAUGAUCAUCUGACAGCUGCCACACGAAUGCUGGAGAAAAGGCGGGAAAUGGCAGAAGUGGAUCAAGCUCUGGCAGCACAGAAAGAGGAGUUCCAGAUGAAGAUGGAGAGUUUGCAGCAGAGAAGGGAGGAGCUUGAACGGAAGGAGCAUCAGUUGAAAGAGUCGUUAUUGAAAUUUGACAAAUUUUUAAAG